GAGUCGGCCCUCCUGCUGACGUGCUGCGGCAACGUCGGGGGCUACGCCAGCUCGGCCGCGGAGCCCCGCCUCUGCCUCUCUGGCGCCUUCUCCGCUCCACUCCACGAGGAUGCCGCCAUGGCCUCCCUGCAGGCCGCCGCCCAGCAGAAGACGGGCAAGCGGCCUGGCACCGCCAACGGCCGCCCGGGCCUGGAAGCCAUGGUGGUUACGAGCACCACCUACGGGGGCGACUCGCCAGCGCACGCUGGCGCCGGCGGCGCCGCCAGCGAAGGCUCCGAGGAGGAGCUGCACCAGCAGGCCUCGAGCAAGAACUGGAAGGAGCGCGCCGAGUGCAUCUCGCUCCUGUCGGGCCGCGUGACGGAGAGGCCGCAGUUCGUGGACGGCACCGCCGACGGCGCCCUGCUGUGCCUGUCUUCGUGCACGCUGGGCGGGCACCGCGUGCCUCUGCUGCAGUCCGUGCUCGCGGCCACGCUGGGGGACACGGUGACGGGAGUAUUCGCCCAGGCCGCGGGCCUCCUGCAGCUCGCCUGCGAGCGGCUGCCGCCCCACGCGGGCGAGGCCUUCCUGGAGCCCCUGCUGCCGCCGCUUCUCGCCCGCCUGCAGGACACCAGCACCACCACGCAGAAGAAAGCCAUGGACGUCAUCCUCUCCGUCGCCAGCUCCAACAACAAUGCGCCUGGCUUACCUGUGCCGCCAGUGAUCCAGCGUCGUGCGGCACCCAGCGGCGCGGCCUUGCGAGGCCGCGGGUCGUCGGCGGAGGUCUGGGACCGGCCGCCCGCGGGCCCGUCCUUACGGGGGCCCGUCCCGGCGAGGUUAAAUGUGUUGGUCGCAGUUUUAGGGCUUCGCGUCGCCAGCGCACAUCCGUGCGAGACGGAGAUUGCCUCCGCUUGUCCAGAUACACCUGGAACAGAGAUGGCCAAAUGCUUGACGAAUUCGGAGGAGCAUGAGACCAAGAUAGCUCUUUCCUCGGAGUGCACAGAUUUCAUGGCGCUCAACAAAGCUUGCGCAGACGACAUCAUGAAGUCCUGUGACGAGAACUUCUACAGUGAUGAUACGAUUCUGUGCCUGACGAAGUGGACUGACAAGGAGAGCCUCGCUCCGAAGUGCCAGUCUGUGCUCAAGUGGGCUGUGCCGAGGGCGGACGAUGAGGCCGAAGUGAUCACGGACGAGUUAGGCAUGAGUCAGAAGGACAUCGAUGAGAAAGAAGAGUGGAGGGCCAAGCGCAAGGCUGCCCGUGGCGACGCCAUUGAGAGGAUGAAGAUGAAGGAGGCCGAUAGGAAAAAGGAGGAGGACAGGGUCGCACUGGAGGAGUUCAAGAAGACCGACCCAGACGGCUACGCCCAGAUGAUGGAGCAGCAGGCAGAGGAGAAACGGCAACAGGCCGAGAUCAAGAGGCUGGAGAGAAAGCGCGUUGCAGCAUUGGAGAGGAAGAGGCAGCAGGAGCAGGGUGUAGAGGACGAGGACGUCAAGCCUCAGAAGGCCAAGAAGACAAAGGCCAAGGUGGCACCAUACCCCUGGUAUGUGCCAUACGCCGCCAUGCUCGCAAUUGGUGGCGUUGCCUACGCCGGCUGGGUCCUGAAGAAGGGAGGCGGCAGCAAGCGCGGCGGCGGCAACAAGGGCAAAAAGAACGCGACGUCCGAGGACCCGAUCGUGGAGAUGGCGCACCUCAACCCCGUCCUCGCCGCGAACUUCGUCAAGAGCGCCAUGCUCAUGGGCGGCGCCUCCAGCGGCCUGGUCGCGGCGGUGACCGGCACGCUCCUCCUCACGUAUUGGUCCGGGUGGGCCGAGUGCGGGCGCCCCCUGCGCUGGUGGCUCUUGGCGAACUGCCUGCUCCAGCUGGCCCAGGUGCCCCUGCGCCUCGCCUUCUGGGGCACCGUCCGGGCGGCCGAGGUCGAUCGACGUAGCAUCCCCAGCUGCAUCGCGGAGAUGGCCAGCACGACGGCGUGGCGCGUCAGCAAGGCCGUCUCCCUGCUGACCUACUUCUGGACGAUCCUCGGCGUCGUGUGGGCCAUCAACGCGGGCGAGUGCAAGGCCUGCCCGUGGCUCAUCCGCACGGUGGCGGCGACGCUUGGGACCUCCGCGCUUCGCGUCUUCUGCGCCUUCGCGGGCUUCCGGGCCUACUUCCCGCAGACCAGCCAGGAGGAUGAAGCCCCGAAGAUGGUCGCGGCGACCGAGGACCAGAUCAGCGCCCUGGGCACGGCGAUCCACGAGUGCCACGGCGCCGACGAGGAGCUGUCCUGCGCCGUGUGCCUCUCGGACAUCUGCGACGGCGAGACCCUGCGGAAGCUCCCAUGCGGCCACAAGUUCCACGUCGACUGCUGCGACCAGUGGCUCGGCCGGAGCAAGCGGUGCCCGCUCUGCAUGCAGAGCAUCGACGAGCCGUUGGCCAAGGAGGAGCCCGCGGCGUGGGGCCUGUUCCGGCGGUGCAAGCCCCGCUUCCACUGA